AAUUCACAUCAAAUCAGUUGUAUCUGCGACGCCUACUUAGAACGUAAAAGUUUUUAAUUUACUGAAGUAGGCAUUUAAACAUUAAAGGCAAAAAAAAAAAAUAAAAAUGGUUAAAGAUCGCUUGCAUGAAUUGAGGGAGAUUCAGCGUAAUAAAAGUUCCGAUCAGCCGGAUGAAGUGGACGUUGGCGGUGACGAUGAUUUUAUUCUCAUAGACAUGUCGGUACAUCGAGGACCUUCGUUUAUAGAGCCUAUAACUAAGAAGUACGCUGAAAUAAUUAAGGAUUUCGAAGGUCUAGAGUCUAAUAUUGAAUUACUGAAGUCUAUGCUGGAAGCCAGGAAUGCCACCAACUUCAACGAGGAGGAAUUCAAUAAAGUGCGCCAGACGAAUACUCAAAUCAGCAAUAGCAUUAUUGGCAAAUUCAAAAAGCUGGAAUCGAAAUUGCCCAAACCUACUGAGAAUCGCACCAGAGCUCGCAUGCAGCGUGGCCUGUAUUAUGGAUAUUUCCAGCAGUAUCUUAUUGUAUGGGCCCAACAUGAAGAGGUUUUGCAAAAAUACGAGCAACAGUUGAAGAAAAAUCUACAAAUGCAAUCGAAAAUCUUAAACUACGAUUUAACCGAUGAGGAAAUAGACACCUUGAUCGAACAUAAGCAGACUAAUUUACUAAUGGAUAAUAUUUUGAACGAUUCCGAAGUUGCCCGCCAGCAAUUACAGGACUUGAAAAGCCGACUCAAUGAUUUGAUGAAACUUGAGAAGUCCAUCAGCGAAGUUCACGGCUUAUUUAUUCGCCUACAAACCUUGGUUGUAGAACAGGGUGAAGUUAUGCAACGCAUAGAAAAGCAUUUCGAUGACGCCUGCGAUUAUGUCGAACAGGGAAUAGCACAUAUUAAAAUUGCAGCUGUGCUCAAUGAAAAAAAUUAUUCCCUCAAAAGAAAAUUAAUUAUUGUGGGAAUAGUUUUAUUGUUGCUGUUGAUACUGUUUACCGCAAACAGUAUCAAGUGUUUUAUGUUUUGCAAGAAAAAAUAGGAAUCAAAUCAACUUGUUACUUUUACUUAAAAAAUUAUUUAUAUUAA